AUGUGCCCGGGCUCCGAGGCGCCGGGGCAGAGAAUCAUGCGGGGCACAACGCGGCGACAGCGCAGCCACAGCUGCCACCGCCCUCCUGAGCCCCCGCACGGCCGGCACCAGCAGCGACCUCUCACCGUGUCCCUUUCAGGGUGCCAUCAGCGCGGCUGCAAAGCUGUUCCCGAGGCCAAGCUCCCAAAGGAUCUGCCCGCAGCACUCCUGAUGUCUCGAGAACAAGAACCACAGGUUCCAGUCACACCUGCCACUCCGCCGUCUCUUCUGGGCUGUCCCCAUGGCUGGGUUGGGUACAAUGGGGUCUGCUACUACUUCUCACGGGAUUACAGCACGUGGGAGCAGGGUCAGGAACGGUGCUCCGAGCUCAAUGCCUCCCUGGCCAUUGCCAAGGAUGAGGAGGCCAUGGAUUUGCUCUUCCGCCUCUGUGGGAACGUCGAUUUCUGGCUCGGGCUGCGCAGACGGGGCGAGCGCCUGCACUGGGGGGACGGCAGCAGCUACAGCUCCCGGUGAGUGCCGGGGAGCCGGGCAGGGCCUGGGGGCACAGGGGCACAAGGGCUUCCCCUGGCAGCCAGCGCUGCCUCUGCUCCUCCCUGCAGGGUUCCUGUCCUUGGCACUUCCGAGUGUGUGUACCUG